UGUAAUCAAUCAGCCAUGGGUAAGGUUCACGGAUCGCUAUCACGUGCUGGUAAGGUAAGAGGACAAACACCAAAGGUAGCAAAGCAGGAUAAGAAAAAGACGCCAAGAGGACGUGCCCACAAGCAUAUGCAAUACAAUCGCAGAUUCGUCACUGCUGUUGUUGGGUUUGGAAAGAAGAGAGGACCAAACUCUUCUGAGAAGUAGACGAUGACAUCAGUUACAUUACAA